AUGCGUUUCGCUAUCUCCGUUGUUGUCUUGGCUGCUGCCGUCGCCGCCCAGAUUCAGCCCAUCUCCCAGAUCAGUGACGGUCAGAUCCAGGCUCCUCCUGCCACUUCUACCGCUCCUGCUGCCUCCUCCGCCCCAGCGGUCUCCAACCCUGCUGUUGAUACAUCGGCUCCUGCCGUCUCCACCGCUGAUGUCGUUCCUUCUUCGGCGCCCGCUAUUGCCAGCUCCGUCCCCGCGGUUGCCAGCUCCGUCCCUGUUGCUGCCAGCUCUGUCCCCGUUGUUGCCAGCUCCGUCCCCGUUGUUGCCAGCUCCGUCCCCGUUGUUGCCAGCUCCGUCCCCGUUGUUGUACCUAGCCUGGUCACCUCAGUCGCCCCUCCUGCUGGUAACACCAGUGUUCCUGUUGCUAGCUCUGCUAAGCCCUCCAACGGCUCCGCCACCGGCACCGGUUCUGGCCCUGCUUCCACUGCCUCAUCUGGCGGUGCUAGCGGUACCUCCUCUGCCAGCGUUCCUGAGUCCACUGGCGCCGCUGCUGCCAACAUGGUCUCCAUCGGUGGCCUUGCCCUCGCCGUUGGUGCUGCCUUCCUCGCAUAA